CCUUCGGCCAGUGACACAUCUCUUUAUAUAUCAACACGGAUGCUCUCCUCAUCAGCAACCUACACUUGCAAUUCAUUUGUUCCACCGACCAGCCAUGAUGAUUCUUGAGGCCACAUUCCUUCUCCUCCUGCUCGCCGGCUCCCAGGCGGCGGCGGGCUCCAUCGACGCGCCGGCCGCGUCGUGCUCCAGUGCCCGUAGCUUUGCCGCGGAUAGCCCCUUCGCUAGCAACCUGCACCAGCUCAUGUCCCUCCUCGAGACCAAGGCCCCAGCCAUCGGCUUCGACAUCGCAACGUCCGGCGGCGACGGCGACGAGAGCGUGCACGGCCUGGCCCUCUGCCGCGGCGACGUCGCCAGGGCGACGUGCGCCGAGUGCAUCCGCUCCGCGAGAGCUCACGCGCAGCGCCUCUGCUCGUCCAAGAAGGAAGCCGUCGUCUGGCUCGACGCCUGCACGCUCCGGUACUCCGCCGAGCCGUUCUUCGGCGAGCCUGACAGCGAGCACACCGCCUUCGUUCCGGGAAACGUCGUCAAGAGCGCGGCGAGAUCGGCCGAGCUCGAUGAGGAGGUCGCUGGCAUGAUGAAGAAGCUCACCAGGACGGCGUAUCUCUCGCCGCUGCUGUUCGCUGCCGGGGCGGCCGACGCAAUCGGGGGGACGCACAGGCUGCACGGCCUGGCCCAGUGCACCAAGGACCUCUCCGGCGGGGACUGCAAGCUAUGCCUUGAAGCCGCCAUUGCUAAACUGGUCGCGAGGGGAUGCGCCAAGGAGGGAGGGAAGGUGCUAGGUGGAAGCUGCAGCUUGAGAUAUGAGCUGUAUCCCUUGUUUGAUUCCUAGGCACUCCCUUCAGCAAUUCAGUUGAUGUUGUAAAUUUGUAAUUAAAGUGUUAUGUCCUCAUUGUCCAUAGAGAUUCCCAUGAACUCAAAUACAAGGAAACUUCAAUUUCUGCUA